AUGCCGAGGUGGGUGCGUGCAAUCCGGAUCCACUCUUUGAAUGCGAUCCGGCCUGCUGAUUGGCUCGGUCAGCAACAUAAAUACAUCCAACGAACUGGCGGGCUGCUCUUUGGCCAAGCCAAGAUCUCUCAACACUUCAAGUUCUUUUCUUCCGCAUCCGUGGCCUAUCAAGAUCCGCUCUCUCCUUCCACCAAACCCGCAAGGAAAGAGAUGAAACCAGAGACGGAAGAGAAGAAUGACGUGGGCGACGGGACGAUGCAGCGCCUAGCACGGCCGGAUACAUACGCGAACGACGCCACCAUCACAUCAGUGACCAUUCCGCUCCACAGCGUCAAACCUCUACCGCCUACAUUCGCAACCGGCUAUGUCUUCCACGCCUGUGAUGCCAACCACAUCCUCGCCGUGGUCACCUCCAAAGCGACCGCGAAAAAUUCGAACAUACCCAUCAUCAUCAUCAUCCGAGGGUUGUCGACUCAGCAGGUCGACUCCGUCCACGCCAACACUUCGACGGAUCGACAAAUCAAGAACCACUCCCACAUACCACAAAUCGAGAUUUCACCAAGUCCGGGAGUCGCUGGAAAUGGCCGCUGCUUUGGCAAAGAAGGGAGAAUGCAGCAAUUUCAAGGUGGCGAAGUAGAGGAAGGGUGA